AUGUCGCAAGCUCCACCUUCUGUCGCCCCCUCGGGCGAGGACGCCAUCCUGCAGCACAUCGACGCUCAACCGCUUCCCCUCUCCGACCUCGACUCUGUCUCGCUCCUCGACGCCUACGAGGUCGACCUCUCGGUCCAAGAGGUCCUUCGCGGCGGCUACUCGAGGGUCGCCCUCCAGUUCGCCGACGAGCAGCUGCACGACGCCGUCCCAGUGUACCGCGCCCUGCGCAGCCGCCUCCCGCAAGACAAGGAGCUCUACGUCCUCGCAGACACGACUUAUGGCAGCUGCUGUGUCGACGAGGUCGCAGCCCAGCAUGUCGACGCCGACUUUGUCAUCCACUAUGGCCACACCUGCCUCUCGCCCACGGCCCGACUACCCGUCCUGUACGUCCUCACCAAGCGCUCGAUCGACCCAGACGCCGCCGCAAGCGCCCUCGCGUCCACGAGUCGCGACUCGCUCCAAGACGAGCCGCCAAAAGCCGUCGUCCUCCUGUACGACGUCGCCUACGCCCACAAAGCCCACCUCGUUGCCGACGCCCUACGCCCGCUCCUCCCGACCAACCUCCCCCUCGUCCUCUCGCACCUCGACUCGCGCGCCAACCUGCGCGCGCACGCCUCGGACAAGGGCAAGGUGCGCGCCGACCCGCCCUCGGCCGCCUCCAACGACGCCGCCGCGCCCGAUCUUGAGCGCGACGAGGCCGACGCCGCGCCCGCACCUGAGCCGGCCGGGUUCGACCUCGACCCGUCGGUGCCCGCGCCGCCGACGACGGUGCCGCGCUCGGCGGGGCGGUACACGCUGCCCGAGGGCGUCGACAAGGACGAGUGCGCCUUGCUGUGGAUCGGCGGCGAGAACUUGGCGCUCAACAACGCGCUCCUCGUUCAUGGGCGGUGCAGGGUGUGGUCGUACGACCCGGCGACGGGCCAAGCGCGGCUCGAGAGCGGGAGGACGAAUCGCAUGCUCAUGCGGCGGUACGCUACCGUCGAGAAGGCCAAGGACGCAGACGUUAUCGGCAUCCUCGUCGGCACGCUCGGCGUCGCCGCCUACCUCCCGCUCAUCACGCACCUGCGGCAGCUCAUCACGAGCCGCGAGAAGAAGAGCUACACGGUCGCCGUCGGCAAGCUCAACCCGGCCAAGCUCGCCAACUUUAUCGAGGUCGAGUGCUGGGUCCUCGUCGCGUGCCCGGAAAACUCGAUGGUCGACAGCAAGGAGUUCUUGCGCCCGAUCGUGACGCCGUUCGAGCUCGAGCUCGCCUUGACGGGCAAAGCCUGGACGGGCGACUACCUGCUCGACUUUGCGGCGCUCCUCGAGAGCUCGACGUUUGGGCAGGACGCCGGGACGGUCGGGUCGGGCGAGAGCGCGAGCGAGAGCGACGACGACGAGGAGCAGGACGAGGACGAUGGGGAGCGGCCAGUGUUCAGUGCGGCGACGGGCACGUACCGCCACCCGAAGCGGUACACGAACAAGGUCUUUGCAGACGCCGACGCCCUCACCUCUGCCGCCUCGGCCCUCUCGAUCCGCGACACGUCGUCGGCCGUCUCUCGCGUGCUCGGCAGCGCCGCCGGCGAGUACAUGCAGACGCGCACGUACAAAGGCCUCGAGCCGCGGUACGGCAUGGACGAGCCCGCGAGGCUCGAGAUGGGCCGCGAGGGCGGGAUCGCGAGGGGUUACGGGUACGAGAAGGGCGAGGGGCGCGAGGAGGGCGAGCAGGAGGGGCAGUAGAGCGACGCGAGUUGCAGACUGACCGACGUUCUCGCGUC